AAUUUCUAAGCUCAACGGAUGCUGRCUUUCGAACGGCCCAAUAAGCAAAUAGAACUGAUAGUAUCGACGUAUCUAGUCAGAAAGAAAACAUUGAAAUAAUCUUACUACUAAGAGUAUAAUGAAAUCAAGAGCAAGGUCUUCCAUUAGGAAGAAAGCAAAUCGAGUUAAGAAGGCAAACAAAUCGGACCAAGGAAGAACAAAGAGCAAAGACGCAGUGCUUGCGGACGAAGAGAAUUUGACUUUAAGGAGUAGGAAAAGAAAUGAAUCCAACGUUAUCGUUUCUGAAAGUGAAAGUGAAGAAAGUGUUCAAGAAAGUUCAAAAAGAAAGAACCAAAGAUUGAAUGUAAGCGUUGCAGAGACUGAUAGUGAUGAGGAUUAUGUUGAGUUAAUCGAUAUGUUUGAUGAAUCAGUCGAAGGGGAUUCAAGCGACUCAGAAGAUACGGAUGGGGAAGUAAGUUCUGGUACGAGAAAAUCGCCAAGGAAUUCUCCCAGAAAACGCCAGGCUACCUACUCUACCGAUGACAGUGACACUGAAUUCUUUGAUGCGUUUGAAAAUAUCAGUASAGAGAUUGCAGGUACCAGUAAUGGGAAGGAUGAAUGUUCAAGAUCUACAAGGUCAACAGAUGAUGAAGAAGAAGCUGGCCAUGUUGAUAAGACCCACCUUUAUUACCUAAAAACUUUAUUGGUUCCCUUGGAAGACAUUGGUGGUCUGUUGCAAUCAUAUUUAGAUGAACAACUUACGAAAGAUUGGACAUUUAGUAUCAGAAGAAGCAAAACAUCAAAAAGAAAUAGACCGUCAAGCAGCUCUGGAUCCUUUUCUAGUCAGAGUGCUGUAUCUUCAACCAGUGACAGCAGUGACCCAAAUGAUGAUGACUUUAGUCUAUCAGAAUCUUCCCUAAGUGAUUCAGAAGAGAGCAGCAAUAGUGGGUCAAACUUCAGCUGGGAAAGCGAGUGUGAAUCCAUAAGUUCUUCAAACAGUUCCUUACCAAGGAAAAGACAUAUAUCUAGUUCUGAAGAAGAUUCUGACUCAAAAUCAGAAGAGCUGGAAGAGAUAGAAGAUGAUUUUGUUUUGCAUAUGAAGAAAAAGAAAAAAGAACUCAGGAAAAGGCAGUAUGGACUGAGACRAAUCAACAGUGCUAUUAGAAGCAAGGUAGCCAAAUACUGUAAUGAAUUGACUGAAGAAAGCAUUGAUAGCAGCGAUGAGUGAAUCAACAGUGCUAUUAGAAACAAGUUAGCCAAAAACUGUAAUGAAUUGACUGAAGAAAGCAUUGAUAGCAGCRAUGAGUGAAUCAACAGUGCUAUUAGAAGCAAGGCAACCAAAUACUGUAAUGAAUUGACUGAAGAAAGCAUUGAUAGCAGUGAUGAGUGAAUCAAYAGUGCUAUUAGAAACAAGUUAGCCAAAUACUGUAAUCAAUAGACUGAAGAAAGCAUUGAUAGCAGUGAUGAGUGAUUCAACAGUGCUAUUAGAAACAAAUUAACCAAAUACUGUAAUGAAUUGACUGAAGAAAGCAUUGAUAGCAGCAGUGAGUGAUUCAACAGUGCUAUUAGAAGCAAGUUAGCCAAAUACUGUAAUCAAUAGACCCCUUUUGAAUUCCAAAUUACYGCUGUGUUUCUUGAUUACAGACUCAUUUGCACAGGGUUAGCCUCAAGUUUGUGCAGAAUAUUCACGUGUUCCAGUCAAGGUCCAUCGAGUUUU